AACGAAAAGAGUGAAAAGGACCUAUAUAGCAAAAAGGGGAAGAGCUAACUCUUCUAGAGGUGCGAGUAAAUGGGGAGGGAUGAGAAGACGACGGAGGAGAAGAGGAAGCAUAAGAGAAAUUCGCCUUCUUCUCCACGAGAUGAAGUGAAAAGCAAACGCCAUAAUAUCAAAGGGGAUGAAGACCGAAGGAAAGAAAAGAAGGACAAAUCCAAGAAGGAGAAGCACAAAUCCCAUAAAUCCAAAUCCCAUUCUAGUGAAGAGAAGAAGUCAGGGGAAAAGCACAAAACCAAGAGCCACAAACAUAAGGAUAAAUCGAAAAACAAGUUUGAAGAGUUAUCAAAAGAUGAUUAUUUCUCUAAGAACAAUGAAUUUGCUACUUGGCUGAAAGAUAAGAAGAAUUUGUUCUUCUCAGAUCUUUCGUCUGAGACUGCACGCGAUUUAUUCUCUGACUUUGUCAUACAAUGGAACAAGGGAAAGCUUGACAGCCAAUACUAUGAGGGAAUUGCAACCGGGCCUCGGUCAUCCCACGCUUGGAAUAUCAAAAACAGAACACGCUUAGUCUUAUGAAGUUACUUUCUUGGAUGCUGGUAAAAUCACCAUCUCUGAUGUAAGCUAUGUUGCCCGGACUCUCCAAAAUCUUGUCGCACCCGUGUCGGAUCUUCCAAAAAUGUACUACUUUGAGAGGAUCAGACACGCACCUGGUGACAUUUUCGGUGAGUCCGAGCCAACAUAGGUUGUAAGAGCUAGUUACCUUCUAUGCUAGUCCUACCAUAUGACUUGUCAUUUAUCAAGGCCUUCGGGUGCCGAGACGGACAAUACUUCCUUA